GCGCGGGACGAAGCCAUGGAGCCGUGGCCCGGGGACUGCGCGGCAGCGGUGGCUGCGGCGCUUGUUCUGCUGCUGCUGGGUGCCCAGGCUUGGGGCAGCACUCUGAGCCCCAAGUGUGACUGUGGUAGUGAUUUCCAGAAGAAGAAUGGUACAUUUUGUUGCAGGGGCUGUCCAGCAGGGCACUACCUGAAGGGCCCCUGCAAAAAGCCCUGUGAUACCUCCACAUGCCUUCUGUGUCCACCGGGCAGUUUCUUAGCCAGAGAGAACCACAGUGAGAAGCAGUGUUCCCGCUGCCAGGCCUGUGAUGAGGAGGCCUUCCAGGUGGCCCUGGAGAACUGCUCAGCAGUGGCAGACACCCACUGUGGCUGUGAACCAGGCUGGUUUGUGGAGUGCAAGGUCAGUCAGUGUAGCAGCAGUUCACCCUUCUUCUGUCGCCCAUGCCUAGACUGCAAGACCCUGCACCGCCAUACACUGCUGUCCUGUUCCAGCAAAGACUCUGACUGUGGGACCUGCCUACCUGGCUUCUAUGAGCAUGGUGAUGGCUGCGUACCCUGCCCCACGAGUACCCUCGGGAGCUGUCCUAGGCCCUGUGCUGCUGUUUGUGGCUGGAGGCAGAUGUUCUGGGUCCAGGUACUCCUGGCUGGCCUGGCAGUCCCACUCCUUCUCAUGGCCACCCUGACCUACACAUACCGCCGUUGCUGGUCUCAAAAGCCCAAGUUUCCCACAGGUGAACCUGGGACAGAGGCUCUGACCCCACCGGUAGGAAUCUCAGUAUGUGGAGGGAAGAUGGCCUCCCACCGCUCACCCUCGGACAGUGCUCACACCCUUCUGGUGCUCCCCGACAACCCUAAGGCCUGCACGGUCCAGUUGCGAGACAAAUGCUGGACCCUUAGCUCCCCCGGGACCCAGGAGGCACCCUGUCCGCAGAUGACAUGGCCUUGGGACCAAUUGUCCAACAGAGCUCUUGGCCCUCCUCCGGCGCCGGUGCUUUCGUCAGCGCCCCCUGCAGACUCUCCGGCUGCUGUGCUCCAGCCGGGCCCUCAGCUCUAUGAUGUGAUGGACGCUGUCCCCGCGCGGCGCUGGAAGGAGUUUGUGCGCACGCUGGGGCUGCGAGAGGCGGAGAUCGAGGCCGUGGAGGUGGAGAUCGGCCGCUUCCGAGACCAGCAGUAUGAGAUGCUCAAGCGCUGGCGCCAGCAGCAGCCUGCCGGCCUGGGCGCAGUCUAUGCAGCUCUGGAGCGCAUGGGGCUGGAUGGCUGCGCUGAAGAUCUGCGCAGCCGCCUGCAGCGCGGCCCGUGACGCGGCCACCCGCCACUUACGUGCUCCAGUGGCCCUUACAGAAUCCCUAAGUAUGGUUACUUAUACGUGUAGAUAUUUUAUGUCACUUAUUAAGACACUGGAAUGGCCCUGCGUAGCAGCGCCAGCCAGCCUCACCCCUGCUCAUCCGCAGGGCUCUGGUUAAGGUGAAGAAGCGUGGCCCCAAUAUCCAGAGAGGGUCAAGAGAUUGCUUAGUUGUUUCUCGGCCUGGGCUUGGCUGAGACCUUGGUAUUAAAUGUAUCAAGAAAAGUGGCA